UGGGAGGCGAGAUCAGCUCCGACCUGUCCCUGCUGGAUUACCUGCGCGUGAGCAAUGAUCUGCGCAGCACCAAGUACAUGUGCCGGGAAGGCGGCUGUGGCGCAUGCGUCGUCGCCGCCGCGCGGCCCGGCGAGCGACCGCACGCUGUCAACUCUUGUCUCGUAUCCGUCACAUCUUGUCAAGAUUGGGAGAUAACCACCAUCGAGGACAUUGGCAACCGUCUGAAGGGCUACCACCCGCUGCAGAAGACCCUCGCUAAGCUCCACGGCACUCAGUGCGGAUACUGCUCGCCUGGAUGGGUCAUGGCCAUGUAUGGCCUCCUGCAAAGUAAAGAGAAGCUGACAAUGCUGGAGAUAGAGCAGUCUUUAGGCAGCAACAUCUGCAGGUGCACAGGAUACAGGCCCAUCCUGGAGGCCUUCAAGAAGUUCGCCAGCGACGCACCCAAAGAGAACAUACUUGAUAUUGAAGAACUCACCAUUUGCAAGAAAAGUGGCGAAACAUGCCGUAAAAGCAAGUGCAGCGAAAGCGACUGGUGCAUAGUGGAGGCAGAAGACCUGAAAUUACCUGAAAGAUUAGAGAUCCAGCUGAAAGAUGGCAAGUCCUGGUUCAGGGUGCAGUUCGUUGCUGAUGUGUUUGAAGUGCUGCGGAGAGAGGGAGAUGACUGUUACAUGUUCGUUGCUGGAAAUACUGCUAAAGGAGCGUACCCCAUAGACGAAUAUCCUCGGAUCCUCAUAGACAUCAGCAACGUUCAGGAGCUCAAAGGCUACCAUUUCGAUCAAAACCUGGUGCUGGGUGCCGGCAACACUCUUACAGAGACCAUGGACAUAUUCCAACAACUAGCGAAUUCGGUGGACUCAUUCUGGUAUCUGGAGAAGUUGAGGGAGCAUUUGAUGUUGGUUGCGCAUAUACCUGUUAGAAAUUUGGGAACAAUCGCCGGCAAUUUAAUGAUAAAGCAUCAACACAAUGAAUUCCAAUCAGACAUAUUCCUUUUGCUUGAAACUGUUGGCGCAUACCUUACUAUAGUGGACCAUUACGGAGUGCACAUAUCGGUGACGCCGGAAUCCUUCCUCCGAGUGGAUAUGAGAGGAAAGGUCAUCAUGAACGUCCUGUUCCCGCCUCUCAGCCAUUCAUACAAAUUCGUAUCGUUUAAGAUAAUGCCGCGUACCCAAAACGCCCACGCUAUAGUUAACGCUGCGUUCCUAUACAAGUUCUGCGCACCGCAAGACCACGUAUGUCUAGCUCGUAUGGUCUUCGGUGGGCUGUCUCCUCACUUCAUACACGCCAAGAAUACUGAGAGGUUUCUUCUUGGAAGACAGUUGUUCUCCAACGACACCCUGCAGAGCGCCAUCAAGGUCCUGCUGCAGGAGCUAGUGGUGGUGGACAAUCUUCCGGAACCUUCGGCCAACUAUAGGAGAGACCUUGCUGUGAAUUUGUUUUAUAAGGGUCUUCUGUCAUUAUGUCCUAGUAACAUCGUCUCGCCUAAAUACGCUUCUGGUGGGAUCGUUCUCAGCAAAACUCGCCCCGUCUCUGAUGGCCGGCAGAUAUUUACCACAAAUCCCAUGUUGUGGCCCCUCAACCAGCCUAUUGAGAAGGUUGAGGCACUGAUCCAGUGCGCUGGUGAAGCGCCAUACACGGAAGACCUGCCGGCCCUCCCGCGGGAAGUAUUUGGAGCAUUUGUUCUGGCCAGAGUCCCAGUUGGCGAUAUUGACCAAAUUGAUGCCAAUGAAGCCUUGCAUCACCCAGGUGUAGUAGCAUUCUACUCAGCAAAAGACAUUCCAGGCGUCAACUCCUUCACUCCAGGGGACAACCCUUUCUUCCUAGCCCAAGAAGAGCUAUUCUGCUCUGGUCCCGUCAAAUACAACGGCCAAGUCAUUGGAAUCCUAGUAGCUGAGACUAGAACUAUUGCAGAAUACGCCGCCAAACUUGUUCAAGUCAGAUAUAAAAAUGUUAAGAAGCCAGUCAUUGAUAUAAAAGUUGCGAAGAAAGAUACGAACAGGACUAAAUUGGGACAAGCAGUCCCGGCUACUAGUAAAGGAUCAGAAAUUACUAAAGUGAUCAAGGGUGAAGAAACGAUAUAUCAACAGACGCACUUUUGUAUGGAAGUGCUAGUGAGUGUGGCAAAGCCGACGGAGGAGGGUUUGGAGGUACAUUGCACUACGCAGCAUAUGGACGGGGUGCAGUAUAUGAUAUCGCGGGCUCUCAAGAUACCGGAGAAUAAAAUAGACGUACACGUGCGUCGCUUGGGCGGUGCGUACGGGAUAAAGAUAUCCCGAGGGAACCAGGCGGCGGUAGCAAGCGCCCUGGUUACACAAAAGCUGAACCGUCCCUGCAGGAUAAUAUUAUCCCUUACUACGCAGAGCCACGCUGUGGGGAAGCGGCUGCCAUGUUCUACUGAAUAUGAGGUAGCAGUAGAUUCUAUUGGCAGAAUCCAAUACUGCAACGAGAACCUCUACAUGGACCACGGCUACGUCGUCGACGAGCCCCUGUUCCUGGCGACGCUGGACGUCUUCAACAACUGCUAUGAGAAGGCGCGGUUCGACUAUAAGGUGUUCAAUGUGACUACGGACACUGCGAGUAAUACGUGGUGCCGGUCACCGGGAACUCUGGAAGCUAUUGCUUCAGCCGAAUUCAUCAUGGAGCGUAUCGCAUACGAGCUAUCGCAAGAUCCUUUAGAAGUGCGACUGCGAAAUCUAGACCCUGCCUAUACUGAUCUGAGAGAACAAGUAGACCGAAUAAAAGCAGAUGGACAAUAUGAUGAAAGAAGAGCAUUUGUUGAUAAAUUUAACAGUCAAAACAGGUGGAAGAAGAGAGGCUUGAGAUUUUCCCUUCUAAGAUGGCAGCCUUUCGGUGGACAAUAUUUUGAUAUAACCCUCUCAGUUUACCAUGACGAUGGAAGUGUUACUCUAACUCAUGGCGGAAUAGAAAUGGGCCAAGGUCUGAAUACGAAAGCUGUUCAAAUUGCUGCAUAUUUUCUAGGAAUAUCGAUUGAUAAGAUACAAAUCAAGGGCAACAAUACGAUAAUCAAUCCUAAUGGGUUUAUAUCUGGGGGUAGUUUGACGUCGAUAAAUAUUGGGAUAGGUGUUCAGCGGUGUUGUGAGGAACUCCUAAUCCGGUUGGCGCCUAUAAGGAAAGAUAAUCCUAGUGCGACGUGGGAGGCGUUGGUCAAGGCAGCAUUUAACGCUAAUGUGGACUUGCAGACGCAUGGGUUUGUGACGAUGGCUGAUACGCAGAAAGUGGAUGUGUAUGGUGUGACGCUGGCAGAGGUAGAGGUGGACAUCUUGACUGGAGAGUGGGAGGUGAUACGCGUUGAUGUGUUGGAAGAUGUUGGACAAAGCGUCAGCCCUGAGAUUGAUAUCGGACAAGUCGAAGGUGCCUUCAUCAUGGGGCUGGGCUACUGGACGUGCGAGCAGCUGGUGAUCGACCCUCGCACGGGCGGGGUGCUCACGGACCGCACCUGGAACUACCAUGUGCCACAGGCCAGGGACAUCCCGCAGGACUUCCGGGUGUAUUUCCGGAACAGGUCUUACUCUGAACCUAGACUCCUUGGCGCUAAAUCAAUCGGCGAGCCUCCGAUCUGCAUGUCAGUGGCCGUGGCUUACGCACUGCGCGAAGCCAUUGUGGCUGCCAGAAGCGACGCCGGAAAACCCUCCAAUCAAUGGGUCCAGAUAGAUGGCCCGUACACUAGGGAGAAAAUACAGCAGAACACAGCUACUAAGUUUAAUGAUUUUAAAUAUUAUUGAAAUGAAUAU